AUGAUCCACUCCUGCUGCUCCCCUUGCUGCCAGCCUGCCUGCUGCAGGACCACCUGCUGCCAGUCCACCUGCUGCCAGCCUUGCUGCCGCCCAACUCGGUGUCAAACCACCUGCUGCAGGACCACCUGCUCCCAGCCAACUUGUGUGACCAGCUGCUGCCGCCCUUCCUACUGCAGCUCUCCCUGCUGCCAGCCCACCUGCUCUGAGUCCAGCUGCUGUGGACAAACCUGCAGUGGGUCCAGCUGCUGCCAGCCUUGCUGCCCCCCAACUCGCUGUCAAACCACCUGCUGCAGGACCACCUGCUGCCAGCCCACCUGCAGUGGGUCCAGCUGCUGCCAGCCUUGCUGCCCCCCAACUCGCUGUCAAACUACCUGCUGCAGGACCACCUGCUGCCAACCAGCUUGUGUGACCAGCUGCUGCCGCCCUUCCUACUGCAGCUCUCCCUGCUGCCAGCCCACCUGCUCUGAGUCCAGCUGCUGUGGACAAACCUGCAGUGGGUCCAGCUGCUGCCAGCCUUGCUGUCCCCCAUCUUGCUGUCAAACUACUUGCUGCCAGCCAGCUUGCUCUGGACCCGUGUACUGCCGGAGAACCUGCUACCACCCCACCUGUGUCUGCCUGCCUUGGUGCCAAGUCCAGAGCAGUGGAUCCAGCUGCUGCCAGCCUUCCUGCUGCUGAUCACCUUCCCAAAGAACUACCAUCUGCAUACAAUACCUUUUGUUAACUGACUUGCCAUUUUGGAGCCAAAUUCACUUCCUAGACUUUGCUGACAAGCAGCAUGCUCUACCAUCAUUUCUGUUUCUCAUCUACCUGUUGAAAAACUUGUGAGCCAGCUUGAUGGAAUGCAGAGGACUUGCCUCAAUUCUCUUCCUCCUUGUGUACGUGGAU